GUUCGCGCCCGCGCUCCCGGGACACCUGCUCGCUCCGCCCGUCCCGCGGCGCGGGGAUCCCUGCCGCGCUCCCUUCCGCCUCCCGCUCGGCUGGGCGGGGACGAGCGCUGGACCGUCCCGACUCCGGCCCGGGACAGGACGCCCCGUAGCGCCGCGGAGCCUCCGCCCGGCAGAAUGAGCGCGGACGUGGCGGCCGGGGCCCCCCUGCCCCGGCUCUGCUGCCUGGAGAAGGGCCCGAACGGCUACGGCUUCCACCUGCACGGGGAGAAGGGCAAGACGGGCCAGUUCAUCCGGCUGGUGGAGCCCGGCUCGCCGGCCGAGAAGGCGGGACUUCUGGCCGGAGACCGGUUGGUGGAGGUGAACGGUGAGAAUGUGGAGAAGGAGACCCACCAGCAGGUGGUGAGCCGCAUCCGCGCCGCGCCCAGCGCCGUGCGCCUGCUGGUGGUCGACCCCGAGACGGACGAGCGGCUGCAGAAGCUGGGCGUCCAGGUUCGCGGGGACCUGCUGAGCGCCCAGGAGGAGUCCGCGCCGGCCGCCCCGCCGGCCGCUGCCGAGCCUGCAGGAGCUGCCGGCGAUAAUGAGCCUCCGGUCGCGGCGCCGGAGCCGGGCGAGACCGAGAAGAGCCUUCCCGGGCGGCCCGAGCUUCGGCCCCGACUCUGCACCAUGAAGAAGGGCGCCGGCGGUUAUGGCUUCAACCUACACAGCGACAAGACCAGGCCAGGCCAGUUCAUCAGGGCUGUGGACCCAGACUCGCCCGCUGAGGCCUCGGGGCUUCGGGCCCAGGACCGAAUCGUGGAGGUGAACGGGGUCUGCAUGGAAGGCAAGCACCACGGAGAUGUGGUGGCCGCCAUCAAGGCCGGAGGGGACGAGGCCAAGCUGCUGGUGGUGGACAAGGAGACGGACGAGUUCUUCAAGAAGUGCAAAGUGGUCCCUACUCGGGAGCACCUGGAUGGUCCCCUGCCAGAGCCCUUCACCAACGGGGAGAUCCAGAAGGAGGAUAGCCGUGAAACCCUGGCCGAGCCAGCCUCUGAGAGCCCCAGGCCAGCCCUGGCGAGAUCCACCUCCAGUGAUACCAGUGAGGAGCUCAACUCCCAAGACAGCCCCCGGAAACAGGACUCCACAGCGCCCUCGUCUACCUCCACUUCCUCCGACCCCAUCCUGGACUUCAACAUCCCACUGGCCGUGGCCAGAGAGAGGGCUCACCAGAAGCGCAGCAACAAGCGGGCCCCGCAGAUGGACUGGAGCAAGAAAAACGAACUCUUCAGCAACCUUUGAGCGCCCCUCCUGCCGCUGCCAGGAAGGCUGGAGGGCACAGCCAGCCCCGCCCCCACUCUCUCCCCCUCCCGCUCCCACUGACCUCCCAACUGACACCAAUCAGCACCAGCCUCUCCUCUUGGCAGAUCAUUUUUCUAGAGAACUGUGCUGUUCCCUCACCUCGGGGAAGUGGAGGGCACCCCCUUCCGUCUUGCCCAAUCUUCUGUCUUGCCCAACCACCGAAUGCCCAGCCUGCCUGCCAGGUCACCCCUUGCCAGCCCACCUGGCCACACCGGGACCCGUGGCCCGCAAGGAUGGGGCCAGGGCAAGGCCAUCUUCCCGUGACCCUGGAGGCCCGGCUCAUCAGGCACGCCGACAGCACCGUGUUCAGUAGAGGGACCUUUAUUUCCAUGAUUAAUGUGAUUCCCCAGGUGGCUUCACCCCGGACCUAGCAGUAGUCUUGGCCUAAACUUUCCUUACAUGUCCACUCCCAUCCCCCGUGUCAGGCCCGGGCAGCAGGGUGUUGGGGCCUGCCCCUCACUGAGCCAGGCCACCCUGUUGUAAGGAAUUCUGUCUGAAAUUCAACUGGUUUCUCCAUAAG